AGAAAAUGACUGCAAUCAAGCAUGCCUUACAGAGGGAUAUUUUCACUCCAAAUGAUGAACGUUUAUUAAGCAUUGUCAAUGUUUGCAAAGCGGGGAAAAAGAAGAGAAACUGCUUUCUAUGUGCAACAGUGACAACGGAACGCCCAGUGCAGGUGAAUGUGGUAAAGGUGAAAAAAUCUGAUAAGGGAGACUUCUACAAGAGGCAAACUGCAUGGCUACUUCGAGAUCUUGCUGUUGUGGACGCCAAGGAUGCCAUCAAAGAAAGUCCUGAGUUUGAUCUCCAUUUUGACAAAAUAUACAAAUGGGUUGCUAGCAGUAUAGCAGAAAAGAAUAUCUUCAUUUCCUGUAUUUGGAAACUCAACCAGCGUUAUAUCAGAAAAAAGAUUGACUUCAUAAAUGUUAGCGCUCAGCUUCUUGAAGAAUCUGUUCCAAGUGGUGAGAACCAGAAUGUGGCAGGAGGGGAUGAAGAAGUGGUGGACGAGUAUCAAGAGUUGAAUGCCAGAGAAGAGCAGGACAUUGAGAUAAUGAUGGAAGGCUGUGAAUAUGCCAUCUCUAAUGCAGAAGCCUUUGCGGAUAAGUUAUCCAGAGAGCUGCAAGUUAUUUUCCAGGCAAACAUCCAGUCGAUCAUGGCCUCUGAGAAACAGGUGAACAUUCUUAUGCAGCUGCUCGACGAAGCACUAAAAGAGGUGGACCAAAUUGAAGUGAAGCUGAGCAGUUACGAGGAAAUGCUGCAGAGUGUAAAAGAACAAAUGGACCAGAUUUCUGAAAGCAACCAUCUAAUUCAUCUCAGCAACACUAACAAUGUGAAGCUGUUGUCAGAAAUAGAGUUCCUUGUUAACCAUAUGGAUUUGGCAAAGGGUCACAUCAAGGCCCUCCAAGAAGGAGACCUUUCAUCCUCUCGUGGCAUCGAAGCCUGCACCAAUGCAGCAGAUGCUCUCUUACAAUGUAUGAAUGUUGCUCUUCAGCCAGGGCAUGAGAUGCUACAUGCUGUCACUCAGCAGCAGCAGCGCUUUACUGACCUGCGUGAGCAGUUUGCACGGAGACUAGCCAGUCAUCUCAACAAUGUAUUCGUUCAGCAGGGUCACGACCAAAGUUCCACUCUUGCUCAGCAUUCCAUUGAGCUGACAUUGCCCAACCAUCAUCCCUUCCACAGGGACUUGCUCCGAUAUGCCAAACUCAUGGAGUGGUUAAAGAACACAGAUUAUGGAAAAUAUGAAGGACUAACAAAGAACUACAUGGAUUACUUAUCUCGGUUGUAUGACAGGGAAAUCAAGGAUUUCUUUGAGGUUGCCAAGAUUAAAAUGACAGGUGCAAGCAAAGAAGGAAAGAAGUUUGCUACACUGCCACGAAAAGAAAGUGCUGUCAAACAGGAAACAGAGAGCCUUCAUGGAAGCUCCGGGAAGCUGACAGGUUCAACUUCUAGCUUAAACAAGCUUACAGUUCAAAGUUCAGGAAAUCGCAGGUCUCAGUCAUCUUCUUUGCUAGACAUGGGGAACAUGUCUGCUUCAGACCUUGAUGUGGCUGACAGAAGUAAGUUUGAUAAGAUUUUUGAACAAGUCCUAAGUCAACUAGAGCCACUGUGUUUGGCAGAACAAGACUUCAUAAGUAAAUUCUUCAAACUCCAACAACACCUUAGCAUUCCUGGAACCCCAGUGAGUGAUGCUGAAGAAAUAGAUGGAGGAACUCUAUCAAGAGUUCACAGUGGCCCACAGUCAAUAUCUUCUGAGAAUCAUAUGAUUCGGCAGAUGAUGAUAAAAAUAUUUCGGUGUGUUGAGCCAGAAUUAAAUAAUCUUAUUGCUCUGGGAGACAAGAUUGAUAGCUUUAAUUCCCUUUACAUGCUCGUGAAAAUGAGCCACCAUGUAUGGACAGCACAAAAUGUGGAUCCAACUUCCUUCCUCAGCACAACACUGGGAAAUGUUUUGGUGACUGUCAAAAGGAAUUUUGACAAGUGCAUAAGCAACCAGAUAAAACAGAUGGAAGAUGUAAAGAUAUCCAAGAAAAGUAAAGUUGGAAUUCUUCCCUUUGUUGCGGAAUUUGAAGAGUUUGCUGCACUAGCCGAGUCUAUUUUCAAAAAUGCUGAACGCAGAGGAGAUCUAGAUAAAGCCUAUCUGAAACUUAUUAGAGGAGUUUUCACUAAUGUGGAGAAGGUAGCAAAUGAAAGCCAAAAAACACCACGGGAUGUGGUCAUGAUGGAGAAUUUUCAUCACAUCUUUGCAACACUCUCUCGGUUGAAAAUCUCAUGCCUGGAUGCUGAGAAAAAAGAAGCUAAGCAGAAAUACACGGAUCAUCUGCAGUCAUAUGUAAUCUAUUCCUUGGGGCAGCCACUUGAAAAACUAAAUCACUUUUUUGAAGGUGUGGAAGCUCGUGUGGCACAAGGUGUGAGAGAAGAGGAAGUGAGCUACCAGUUGGCCUUCAAUAAGCAAGAGCUGAGAAAAGUUAUAAAGGAGUAUCCUGGCAAGGAAGUGAAAAAGGGGUUGGAUAACCUUUACAGAAAGGUGGACAAACACCUCUGUGAAGAAGAAAACCUACUUCAGGUGGUGUGGCACUCAAUGCAAGAUGAGUUCAUUCGGCAAUACAAGCACUUUGAAGGCUUAAUAGCACGUUGCUACCCUGGAUCUGGAAUUACUAUGGAGUUCACUAUCCAAGACAUUUUGGACUACUUCUCCAGCAUUGCACAGUCUCACUAAUAUCUGCCAAGCAAGAUAAGCUGGCAAGCUUUCUGAGAAGAAUGUUUGACACUGGAGAUAUUGUUGCUUUGAGAGUUGGCAUUAUAAAGGGGUAUCUGUAACUGUGCUCAUCCUAGCAACCAGUGGCCUAAGCCAAAAUGCUACUUAAUUACUGGAUUUUUAAAAAGUGUUAAAUUGUACAUUUUCAUAUGUAGUACAGUCUUGGUAGUUUUACUUUCCACAGGAUAUUAUUAGUUCUGUAUAUUCCUGGAGUACCACACACUGUAUGCUUCCCUAUUCAACUGUAGUUCCUAGAAAAUAUGCAAUUUUAAAGUUGUUGUAAACAGCUAGAGGAGAACUAUUGUAUCAAAGCAUGUUAAUAUAUUGAUGGUUAGGAUAGCCAAGAUUAUGCUCUUCAGAAUUACUUUACAUGACCGUUGUUGUAAUUCUUCUGAAGUAAAAGAAGUUACAUACAUAACCUGUGGAAGAUUAUUAGUUGUGCUUGAGCAGUUCACAAAAGAAAAUCGACAGCUGUUUAUCCAGUGAGUCAUCCAAAGAUUGUAUUCAUACUUUUCUCUUACUAGUAAUAGAAGGAUGCUAUUGAAAGCUUCCUUUGAAAACACUGAAAUAACUUAUGGGGAUAAAAAGCAAUAAAAUGCUACAAUUCAUGGA